AAGAUCGAUAGUCAAUCCUCUAGAAAGAUAAUACUAAAGAUAUAUUGUGGUUUUAAAAUUUUUGUGUUUCUGUUAUCUUGUUCCCUACCCAACGCAACAAACCUAAGAGGAUAUUGUGCCAUGCACCCCUAACAUACACUGUCUAUAUAUAUGUAUUUCAUUGCUUAAAGUUUAAACAUUCGUUCCUCCUAACUGAAUCUUGUGAUCUUCACCUUAUUCUACGUACACCCUCUCAUAACCACCUACACACGUACGUCUCUUAUUAAUUCUCUCUUCUUCUUUGUUUGCACUUCUCUUGAGGCGGCCAUGGCACACAACUCAGAGGACGUGCCACCUUCACGACACCAUGAACGAGACAAAGCCAACCAAAAAGUUCCCUUCUACACGCUCUUCACUUUCGCGGAUCGUCGUGACGUGGCAUUCAUGGCCAUUGGCACGAUCUGCGCUAUGGCUAAUGGGUGGUCGCAGCCUAUCAUGACUCUCAUUCUAGGGAAGCUCAUCAACACUUUUGGCUCCGCCGAUCCAUCAAAUACCAUCAAGGAAGUUUCCAAGGUGUCCUUGUUGUUUGUUUACCUGGCUAUUGGGACUGGAAUUGCUUCAUUCCUUCAGGUAGCAUGUUGGAUGAUGACAGGUGAAAGACAAGCCGCAAGGAUCCGUGGCUUGUACUUGAAAACUAUAUUGAAGCAGGACAUUGCUUUCUUUGACACUGAAACUACUACUGGUGAGGUGAUUGGGAGAAUGUCUGGUGACACCAUUCUCAUUCAAGAUGCCAUGGGAGAAAAGGUUGGAAAGUUUAUGCAACUUGCUUCAACAUUUUUUGGUGGCUUUUUGAUUGCCUUUGUCAGAGGAUGGCGUCUUGCUGUUGUUUUGCUUGCAUGUAUACCAUGUGUUAUUGUUACUGGCGGAGUAUUGUCCAUGUUGAUGGCUAAAAUGUCAAGUCGUGGGCAAGCUGCAUAUGCAGAAGCUGGAAAUGUUGUUGAACAAACAGUUGGAGCUAUUAGAACUGUGGCAUCUUUCACUGGCGAGAAAAAAGCAAUAGAAAAGUAUAAUAUCAAGUUAAAGGAUGCUUACAAAACAAUGGUUCAACAAGGGAUUGCCUCGGGGUUAGGAAUGGGAUCACUUUUAUUGAUUGUCUUCUGCACCUAUGCACUUGCCAUGUGGUAUGGUUCUAAACUGGUCGUUGAGAGAGGAUACAAUGGUGGAACCGUCAUCACUGUAAUAGUAGCUCUUAUGACUGGUGGAAUGUCACUUGGUCAAACAUCCCCAUGCCUAAAUGCAUUUGCGGCAGGCCAAGCAGCAGCAUAUAAGAUGUUUGAGACAAUUAAAAGAAAGCCAAAAAUUGAUUCUUAUGACACCAGUGGUCUUAUCUUGGAAGACAUAGAGGGAUACAUUGAACUCAAGGAUGUUUACUUUAGGUACCCUGCAAGGCCAGAUGUGCAGAUCUUCUCUGGAUUCUCAUUGUGUGUUCCCAGUGGUGCAACUGCUGCUUUGGUGGGUCAAAGUGGAAGUGGGAAGUCUACAGUAAUAAGUUUAUUAGAAAGAUUCUAUGAUCCUGAUGCUGGAGAAGUACUCAUAGAUGGUGUGAAUUUGAAGAGUUUUCAAGUUAGAUGGAUAAGGGAACAAAUUGGGCUGGUUAGUCAAGAACCUAUCCUGUUUGCAGCUAGUAUCAAAGAGAACAUAGCCUAUGGAAAAGAAGGUGCAACGGAUGAGGAAAUAACAUCAGCAAUAACACUUUCUAAUGCCAAAAAUUUCAUUGACAAGCUGCCUCAGGGCCUUGAAACAAUGGCAGGCCAGAAUGGGACUCAACUUUCUGGUGGGCAAAAGCAAAGAAUUGCAAUUGCAAGGGCAAUUUUGAAGAACCCAAGAAUUCUUCUUCUUGAUGAAGCAACAAGUGCAUUGGAUGCUGAGUCUGAACGUGUUGUUCAGGCAGCAUUAGAACAAGUUAUGACAAAAAGGACAACUGUAAUUGUUGCACAUCGCUUGACAACUAUUAGAAAUGCUGACACCAUAGCAGUGGUUCAUCAAGGCAAAAUUGUAGAGGAAGGAACUCAUGAUGAGUUAAUCAAGGAUGUUGAUGGCGCUUAUUCUCAACUUAUUCGUCUGCAAGAAGGAGCUAAGGAAGCUGAAUGUAGCCUUAAUUCUGAAGCAGAGAAGUCAAGUAGCAGUUUUAACUUAGAUAGUGACAUGCCUAGAUCUCCCACUCAGAAAGCAUCCUUUGUGAGAUCAUUAAGCAGAGUUUCAUCUAGUGGUCGUAGACACUCUCAGUCAGAUAGCUUUGCUCUUUCUCAUCAAAGUGGAGUACAUGGAUACCAAGAAACAGCUGAUGGGGAUGUUGAUACUAGGAAGCCCAAACACAUUUCUUUAAAACGUUUGGCCUACUUAAACAAGCCUGAACUUCCUGUCUUGGUGCUUGGAUCCAUUGCAGCAAUAAUACAAGGUGUUGUGUUCCCUAUGUUUGGCUUAUUGUUUUCCUCGGCAAUAUCUAUGUUCUUUGAACCUCCAGAAAAACAGCGGAAAGAUUCUAGAUUCUGGUCACUUCUAUAUGUGGGUUUGGGUUUAGUUACUCUAGUGACUAUACCAGUGCAAAAUUACUUCUUUGGCAUUGCUGGUGGAAAAUUAAUAGAAAGAAUUCGUUCACUGACAUUUGAAAAGGUCGUGCACCAAGAAAUCAGUUGGUUUGAUGAUCCUGUAAAUUCAAGUGGCGCAGUUGGUGCAAGAUUAUCUACUGAUGCUUCAACAGUGAAAAGUCUAGUUGGUGACACAUUGGCCCUCAUUGUGCAAAAUAUAUCAACAAUCACAGCAGGUCUAGUUAUAUCAUUCACAGCUAAUUGGAUUCUUGCUUUUAUAAUUCUGGCCGUGUCACCCUUGGUCCUUAUGCAAGGAGUCAUUCAGAUGAAGUUUCUUAAAGGAUUCAGUGCAGAUGCCAAGGAAAAGUAUGAAGAAGCAAGUCAGGUGGCAAAUGAUGCUGUUGGUAGCAUCAGAACCAUUGCUUCAUUUUGUGCUGAAUCAAAGGUGAUGGACAUGUACAGGAAGAAAUGUUUAGAGCCAGAAAAACAAGGUGUUCGGUUGGGGCUUGUUAGUGGUGCAGGAUUUGGUUUCUCUUUUUUAGCUCUAUACUGCACAAAUGCUUUCUGUUUCUACAUAGGAUCUGUUCUUGUGCAACAUGGGAAAGCAACUUUCUCAGAGGUUUUCAAGGUUUUCUUUUGUCUAACAAUCACAGCAAUAGGAAUUUCCCAGACUAGUUCCUUGGCACCAGACACCAACAAAGCUAAAGAUUCCACAGCUUCAAUAUUUGAAAUUCUUGACAGUAAACCCACAAUUGACUCCAGCAGCAAUGAGGGUAGAACACUAGAAGCCGUUACUGGCGUUAUUGAGCUUCAACAUGUCAGUUUUAAUUACCCAACUAGGCCUCACGUUCCAAUUUUCAAAGAUUUGUGUCUAAGCAUUCCAGCUGGAAAGACUGUUGCCUUGGUUGGAGAAAGUGGCAGUGGAAAAUCAACAGUGAUCAGCCUCUUGGAGAGAUUUUACAACCCUGGUUCUGGACACAUACUACUAGAUGGAGUAAAUAUUAAAGACUUGAGGCUUAGCUGGUUGAGGCAACAAAUGGGGUUGGUUGGACAAGAGCCAAUUCUUUUCAAUGAAAGCAUUCGUGCCAACAUAGCUUAUGGCAAAGAUGGUGGUGCCACAGAGGAAGAGAUAGUUGCAGCAGCUCAAGCAUCCAAUGCACACAAUUUCAUAAGCUCUCUUCCACGUGGUUAUGACACCUCAGUUGGAGAAAGAGGCACACAGUUAUCAGGAGGACAAAAGCAGCGUAUAGCCAUUGCAAGAGCCAUGCUGAAAGACCCCAAAAUCCUUCUGCUUGAUGAGGCAACUAGUGCACUUGAUGCAGAGUCAGAGCGCAUAGUUCAAGAGGCUCUUGAUAGAGUCAGCGUGGACAGAACCACUGUAGUGGUAGCUCAUCGUCUUACAACUAUUAGAGGUGCUGACAUCAUAUCAGUGAUAAAAAAUGGGGUGGUUGCUGAAAAGGGAAAACAUGAUGCGCUGAUGAAGAUUACUGAUGGAGUUUAUGCUUCGUUGGUAGCUCUACAUACGAGUGCAUCGUAACUUCAAAGAUUUUUCCGAUGCUUUUUUAUGCUUUAUCUUAUCAUCAUUAUUUUCAGUUCUUGUACUAAUAAAAUAGUCUCAGUGUGACUAUGAUUAGAACAUAAGUAGAACGCUUUUUUUUUUUACAAGUAGUACUGUUCUACAAUGACACUGCAGAAAUUCAUAUUCCUUGUCAUACGAAAAGAAAUUUGCUGCAAGUUAUGGGAAGAACAUGAAUUAGCUAAUCUGCAAAUUUUUAGAAAUGUAAAAUCCGUUGAAAUUUUUCUUCUUAAUAUUGUAA